UGCCACGACAGUGGCGGAGCGCGGGAAAAACCAACGGAGACGAAGAAGAAGGCCACGUCACUGGAAGCCAAGAUGUCAGCGUCCUAUGAAGCUUUGUGUCUGCGGACCACACCAGACAAGUUCUACAUUGAGGCGUGCGGGGAGGACUGCGAGGAUGCUCUGGUCAUCGACAGGGUCUCCUCUGAGAUCCUCCUGUCCGGGAGGAAAGACAUUCCUGCAUCAGCCGAGACCAGGAUCAUAUGUGGGAUCAUGGGGACCAUACAUCUAGUAGCAGGAAUGUAUCUGGUGGUAAUCACGGACAAGGUGAAGGUGGGAGAUCUGCUCGGUCAUGCUGUCUGGAAGGCUGUGGGCUUUGACGUCAUCUCCUACAAGAAGACAAUUCUGCAUCUGAACGACAACCAGAUGCAGGACAACAAGACCUUCUUGUCUAUGAUCAACGGCGUGCUUCACACCGAUGCCUUCUAUUUUGCCACCACCUAUGACCUGACCCACACUCUGCAGCGGCUGGCCAACACUAGCCCCGACUUCCAGGACACGAGUCUGCUGGAGAGGGCAGAUCAGCGGUUUGUCUGGAACGGCCACCUGUUGAGGGAGUUUAUGUCUCAGCCUGAGUUGCACAAGUUUGUGGUGCCUGUGAUCCAUGGUUUCAUCAGCAUCAAGUCCAGCUGCAUCAAUGGGAAGAAGUUUGAGUGGAGCAUCAUCUCCAGACGGAGCUGCUUCCGAGCCGGCGUGCGCUACUACGUACGAGGGAUAGACGUGGACGGACACGCCGCCAACUUUGUUGAAACCGAGCAGAUUGUGCAGUAUGGUGGAAGCAAAGCUUCGUUUGUUCAGACCAGAGGCUCCAUCCCCUUCUUCUGGUCUCAGAGGCCCAAUCUGAAGUACAAGCCCAAACCACAGAUUAGCAAGGCGGGGAACCACCUGGAUGGGCUGCAGAGGCACUUCGACUCUCAGGUUCUGCUCUAUGGCAGACAGGUGGUGCUGAACCUGAUUAACCAGAAUGGCUCAGAGAAGCCUCUGGAGCUGGCCUUCAGAAACCUGGUGACUAGCCUGGGUACCGGCAUGGUCAGGUACGUGGCCUUUGACUUCCACAAGGAGUGCAGUCGCAUGAGGUGGCACCGCCUGCAGAUCCUGCUGGACAUGGUGGCUGAGGCGCAGGAGGAGCUUGGCUUCUUCCUCGUGGACUCUGAUGGGAAGGUGCUGCUCAGUCAGGACGGCACCUUUCGGAGCAACUGCAUGGACUGUCUAGACCGAACCAACGUGAUCCAGAGCCUGCUGGCCCGGAACUCUCUUCAGGCUCAGCUGCAGAGGAUGGGCGUCUUGCACCUGGGCCAGAAGCUCGAGGAGCAGUUGGAUUUUGAAAAGACAUUUAAGAAUGCCUGGGCAGACAACGCUGACGCGUGUGCGAAGCAGUACGCCGGCACCGGAGCUCUGAAGACGGACUUCACCAGGACUGGGAAGAGAACUCAGCUGGGUCUGCUGAUGGAUGGCUGGAACUCCAUGAUCCGAUACUACAAAAACAACUUCUCUGAUGGCUUCAGACAGGACUCCAUCGAUCUGUUCCUGGGGAACUUCGUCGUGGAAGAGGCGGACUCGAGUUCCCCCCUGCAGGAACAAAAGGACUGGAAGUUCCUGACGCUGCCCAUCAUCAUGGUCGUGGCCUUCUCCAUGUGCAUCAUCUGCCUGCUGAUGGCUGGGGAGACCUUGACUGAGACUCUGGCUUAUGUUCUGUUCUGGGGGACAGCCAGUGUUGCAACUGCUGGCCUGAUCCUCUUCAACGGACGGGACUUUGUGGAUGCUCCCCGCCUGGCGCAGAAGGAGAAGCUGGACUGAAUGUUUGCGUGUGGACGGCAGCUGGGCUCCGGCGAGCCCCUUGCCUUGCCCCCCGGCUCAAAGCGGCCUCGUCAUGCCUGGAGCCUUUACUGACACCGGGACAGAGCCGAGGGUUCUGAUGGACUCAGAGCGGGCAGGGAGUCAGACCGAGUGCCGGGCUCACUGUGGUCCACACGGAGGGGUCACUUUGACUGAUUUUUACCAGAAACCAGAGCGGGAUUUGGUGCCAGAUGUGCAGCCACGUCCCAGGCUCUUAUGCAGCGACACACAGAGGAAGCUGCUGGCUGCAGUUCCUGGUUCCGUUCUGAUGCUAAUAUGCUGACUUCAAAGGAACACUGAACUGCUCCAAAAAUGAAUACUUCAUAAAUCUCAUGUCAAUCCCACGCACACCUCAGAACCAGGGUCAUCUCAGAAUCCUGGACUCUCAGCUGUUCAAAUCCAGCCAGCGGUCAGGCUCACUGAUCUUUAGGUUCCAGUCCUCAGACUGGGCCAGAGUUCUGCACAGAUUGGACCUUCUCAUAUCAGUGGUUCUGUACUGAGCUAUGCUGGAUCCCAUCUGUUCUCCUGGUCCAUCUCCAGCUCUCACAUUGGCCAUGAUGAUCUGGGUUUAAAGUUUUGAUGUUGUUUGUUCCACAUUUCACUAUAGGGAGAAACCCUGACAUGCCUCUAAAGCAGGGGGGGGGUGUUAUAUCUGCAUGUUUUUCAGAUGUCUGUUCCUACUGACACCUGGAUCAGGUGUGUCCAUGCCAGGACAGAGUAUGCGGGAGUCUGUCUGGUGGGGGCCUCAGGCCUUUCCUCUCAGUCCACACUGAAGACGGACUGCAGAGACUGAAGAUGGAACUUCCACUUUCUGGAGUUGCAAAUGUAUGAGGUGAAGCCCGACAUGCAGCUGCAACAACAUUGUUUUCCCUGAGAAAACGACUGAUUUGAAACUAAAGUGGCACAGCUGGGUAUUUUGGUCUUUUCAGUGGUUGACCUUCUUCUCUGUCAUCAGACAUUCGGGUAAAUGCCUCUCUCUCUUGUGGAGACGGUGACGUUUGAUUAGCCUUUGAAACCUGCCGGCUUGGCUGCCUCUUUUUCUUCUGGAGGAUUUCCAGCAGUGAGGUGGUGGGUCUGCUUUAACCCUUGUGCUAUCCUAGGCACUUUAACAUUGGAAGUUGGGUCAUCAGGACCCACUAGACAGUGCGCUGAACCUUUUUUCUUCAACGAUUUGUGAUCUUCACUGGUGUCCAUGGAUUACAUGAAAUCUUUCCACCUUUGUCAUGGUAGGGAGAACACGCCAAUGGAAGGGUGGGGUCAUCUGGACCCCAUAAAAAUGGCACAAGGGUUAAAACCAGUGUGUGAAAGGUCCUAAAGGAUUUUUGGGAAUACCAAAGGCCUUUGACGCCGAAGGCUCCUUCAGUUCCUGUGGGGUCCUGGAAGUGGGAUCUGGGUGGGACACAGCCUGAACGGAUGGCUGAGACUUUCUCCCAAUACGCUUUAGGUUUUCACAUUCUUGGACAAAACAGGUUUUUCUGAGCUGUUGGCAGAUUUUCCUGUUAGAUGUCGACUUUCCAGUCGUUUGUAGCAUUGCUGCCGUUGGUGGUCUCAUCCUCCUGACUGUCAGGCAGACGCCCCAUCCGUUUAUCAUUGCCUGAAAGGGUCACUCUGACCCGCUUGACCCGUUUUUCCUCCGCUGGGAGAAGUGACAGAGCAGCAACCAGUUAUAGGUGCUAGCACUCACCUGUAGCAGCUGUUUGGCAGACCAGUGUCUGAUGAAUGUGUCUCUGUGAGAUGUGUUGCUGCUUUUUAAUGGGGCAAAAUGACCCUAAAUCAGGCGUCUGCAGCCAAAGAGCCAUACAUGCUGAAGAGCCACAACAUGGUACAAAGAGCCAUACAUGGCUCUUUGUACCAUGUUGUGGCUCUUCAGCUUUUAAGAAAUUGCUAACAGUUGAAAUAAAUGUUGGGCUUUUAGUUCUGGUAAAUCUGUUGAUAAAGUUUUGUGUUUAUAUUUUGUCAGAUGACGGAGCGAGGUGAUGGUAAAAGUGGGUUUAUUAUAGAAGACUUUUAUAGCAUAUGUUCUUAUCUUCUGCUGAGCAACAGCGUCUAGCCGCUGUUCAGAUUUGAACCUUUAGUUUUUUUCUUUUUGUUGGAUUCUACACCCAUGUUUUCAUGUAUAUAUUGAUCGUAAAAGAAAAAGAAUGAAAAAGCAUCAAAGUCCUAAUGAAAGAACGUUUGAGUCUUGUGCAGUUUUAGUUCAGGUCAGUUUUUGUAUUUUAAAGGAACUACUAUGAGCUACCUUCAAAAGUUCACAUUGAUUUAUAUAGAAACAAAUAAGUGUUCCUAUAAUUGUAAAAAUUAAAAGUCUUUAUUUUAUGAAUGAAUGACUUAAUGGCCACAACAACAAGUAAAGUGUAUUUUUCUGAA